AUGAAAGAAGACGAGAUCCGCUACGAUCGUCAGUUGCGACUUUGGGGUGACGAAGGUCAGCAUUCAAUAGCUCAAGCAGAUAUUUGUGUAUUCGGGUCAUCAGCGUUAGCAUGUGAAAUAUUAAAAAGUCUCGUACUCGCUGGCAUUCGAUCAUUUCUUAUUGUCGAUUCAGAAGUUGUUACGAAUCCCGAUUUGGGAAGUAACUUUUUUAUAGAAAAAACGGAUUUAAUGCAACCUCGAGCCAAAAUCGCCGAAUUAAAUCCAUCUGUGGAAGGCAAAUUUGAUCUGCGAAGUGCGGAACAAUAUAUUUCACAAAAUAGCGAUUCUUUAAGUGAAUUUUCUGUUGUUAUUGCAUCAAAUCUUUUGCAAAGAACUGCAUAUAAAAUUAAUAAAUAUCUAUUUAUAAAAAAUAUUCCUUUUAUUUAUGCAAGGUCUUACGGUCUUGUUGGAUUUGUUCGGAUAUCUGUGAAAGAACACACAGUUACAGACUGUCAUGAUGAAAAUCCUCUUCCCGAUUUGAGAAUUGAUGAACCAUUCGAGGAACUUGCUAGUUUUUCGGAUGAAAUUGAUCUGGGUUCAUUGAAAUAUGAUGAACAUUCUCAUAUACCUUAUUUGAUUCUUUAUAUCAAGGCGCUUAAAGUUUGGCGCGAAAAGCAAGAUCAGAAACAUGCAUUUCCUGAUACUUAUGAGAAGAGAAAGGAUUUUGAGCAAGUAUAUUUGUCUUUGCGCAAACCAAAAGCUGAAGGAAAUUUACAUGAUGAAGAAAAUUUUUCGGAAGGUCGAGCUGCUAUUAUUCGUUCUUUACACAAGACAUGUACGCCAAAAAAAACCCAAGAACUUUUAGAACAUCCGAAAGCAGUCGAUCCUGAUCAUUCCCAAUUUUGGAUACAUGUAGCCGCAUUGCGUCGUUUCGUAUUGCAACAUAAUAAAUUACCUCUUUCGGGGCAAUUGCCUGAUAUGAUUAGUGAUACAAAAACGUAUGUUAGGCUUGCCUCAAUAUUUCGUCAAAAAGCUAUUUGUGAUGCCAAAGAAGUUUAUCGCAAUGUUUGCUCAAUUUUAAACGAAAAAGGUUAUUCGCAAGAGUUUUUCAAAUUCAAUGACUGUAAACAAUUCUGUAAAAAAGCAUCAAUGAUCAGAGUGAUAAAUGGAUCGCUCAUAGAAUCAGAGACAAACAUGGAGUAUCCUGAAUGUUUAAUUGAGAAUAUUCGAAAUUCUAAUUUUUCUCGGCAUCACAUAUCUAAUGUCCUUUGCAUUCCUCCGGUGCUAUGGUAUUUGUUAAUUAAAGCUGUUGAUAGAUUUCAAAUGGAAAAAUCUCGAUUCCCUGGGACGAAUGGUGUACCUUGCAUUAUUGACUCCCAUGAUCUCAAGCAGAGGUUCAGUGCUAUUUUGCAAAGCAGUCAGAUCAUUGAUGCCGCAGAAGUCCUGGAAAAGGUUCCUGAAGAAGUAGUAAGUGAAAUGUGUCGUUAUGGCAAUGCUGAAAUUCAUGUUAUUGCAGCAUUUAUUGGUGGAAUUGUUGCUCAAGAAGCUAUAAAACUUAUAACCCAUCAGUAUCUUCCAUUAAAUAAUAUGCUCAUAUUUGAUGGGCAUACACAACAGGGUUCUAUUUUUUCAUUAUAA